AUGCAACCGAAUCCAGACCUUGUCCGGGCCAUCGCCAACCGCUACGCCGCGAAUCUCCGCCUCUGUUUGCCUCUCCGACGAACGUCUCUGCAACUCGCGCGAGCCGUACAUGGCAACAUCAUCACUUUCGGUUUCCAGCCACGUGCACACAUUCUCAACCGUUUGAUUGAUGUUUACUGUAAAUCGUCAGAGCUCCAUUAUGCGCGCCAACUGUUCGACGAAAUCUCUGAACCAGAUAAAAUCGCCAGAACCACCAUGGUCUCCGGCUACUGUGCUUCAGGGGACGUCACACUCGCUCGAUGCGUUUUCGAGGAAACUCCUCUGAGUAUGCGAGAUACUGUAAUGUACAACGCCAUGAUCACUGGCUUCACGCACAAUCACGACGGCUACUCUGCUAUUAACAUGUUUUGUGAGAUGAAGCGCCAAGGAUUCAAACCCGACAACUUCACUUUCGCGAGUGUUCUCGCGGGUUUGGCUCUUGUUGUCGAAGAGGAGAAAGACUGUGUGCAAUUUCAUGCUGCAGCUAUGAAGUCCGGCGCUGGUUAUAUCACUUCCGUUUUAAAUGCUCUGGUGUCUGUGUAUUCGAAAUGUGCUUCUAUGUUAAGUUCAGCGAGAAAAGUGUUUGAUGAGAUCCCUGAGAAAGAUGAGAGGUCGUGGACGACUAUGAUUACAGGUUAUGUAAAGAAUGGUUUUUUUGAUUCAGGGCAAGACUUGCUUGAGGGGAUGGACGAGAAUAUGAGGCUUGUCGCGUAUAAUGCUAUGAUUUCUGGCUAUGUUCAUCGUGGGUUGUAUCAGGAGGCGUUGGAGAUGGUUAGAAGGAUGGUUUCAUCUGGAAUUGAGCUCGACGAGUUUACAUAUCCUAGCCUCAUAAGGGCAUGUGCCACUGCUAGAUUGCUUCAGCUGGGAAAGCAAGUUCAUGCUUAUGUUUUAAGAAGGGAGAAUUUCUCGUUUCAUCUUGACAAUUCUCUGGUCUCAUUGUAUUACAAAUGCGGUAAGUUUGGUGAGGCAAGGGCCAUUUUUGAUAAAAUGCAGGCAAAAGACUUGGUUUCUUGGAACGCUUUGUUAUCAGGGUAUGUUAGUUCUGGGCACAUAGGUGAGGCGAAGUUGCUUUUCAAAGAAAUGAAAGAGAAGAAUAUUCUGACCUGGAUGAUAAUGAUAUCGGGGUUAGCCGAUAACGGGUUUGGAGAAGAAGGUUUGAGGCUGUUUUCUUGUAUGAGGAAAGAAGGCUUCGAACCUUGCGAUUAUGCGUUCUCCGGAGCAAUCAAGUCCUGUGCUGUCCUGGGAGCUUAUGGCAACGGACAACAGUUCCAUGCUCAACUGGUUAAAAUAGGGUUUGACUCGACCCUCUCUGCAGGAAAUGCCCUCAUUACUAUGUAUGCCAAAUGCGGGGUUGUGGAGGAAGCUCGACAGGUGUUUCUAGCUAUGCCUUGUCAGGAUUCGGUUUCUUGGAAUGCUUUGAUUGCUGCAUUGGGACAGCAUGGGCAUGGUACUGAAGCAGUGGAUGCGUAUGAGGAGAUGUUGAAGGAAGGGAUAAGACCUGAUCGGAUUACGUUUCUGACAGUUUUGACAGCGUGUAGCCACGCAGGUUUAGUGGAACAGGGACGGAGAUACUUUGAUUCGAUGGAAACGUUUUACUCUAUACAUCCAGGGCCAGAUCAUUACGCAAGGCUCAUCGAUUUGCUCUGUCGAUCUGGGAGAUUCUCUGAAGCGGAAAGUGUAAUCAAAUCGUUACCAUUUGAACCUACUGCACAAAUCUGGGAAGCUCUUCUUUCGGCUUGCAGGGUCUAUGGAAACAUGGAACUAGGGAUCAUCGCUGCUGAAAAACUCUUUGAGCUCAUACCAGAACACGAUGGGACAUACAUGCUCUUAUCGAACAUGUACGCAGCUACUGGCCAGUGGGAGGAGAUGGCAAGGGUACGUAAACUAAUGCGGGAUCGAGGGGUCAAAAAGGAACUGGCUUGUAGUUGGGUUGAAGUGGGGCCACAAGUGCAUACAUUUCUGGUGGAUGAUACGUCGAUUCCAGAGUCACAAGCUGUUUACAACUAUCUUCAAGAGUUGUGUGAAGAGAUGAGGAGAUUCGGGUAUGUGCCAGACACGAGUUUUGUGUUGCACGACGUUGAGUCUGAUGGUCACAAGGCAGAUAUGUUAACUACGCAUAGUGAAAAGCUUGCGGUUGCAUAUGGGCUAAUGAAACUUCCUCGGGGAACAGCUAUUAGGGUUUUUAAGAACUUGAGGACUUGUGGAGAUUGUCAUAAUUUCUUCAGGUGCUUGUCGCGAUUGGUGCAGCGAGACAUUAUCUUGAGAGACAGGAAGAGGUUUCAUCAUUUCCGGAAUGGCGAGUGUUCUUGUGGUAACUUCUGGUAGGCGAGGCUUCACUUUUGACAAUUCAUUUAGACGUCAUUCUUACAAUUUUUUUGUCGUCAUGAUGAGACACUUGACGAACUCUCUUUGUAGCUACAUUUCAAAUCUGAAGAAACUUGUAACU